AUGUUGUAAAGAAGCAAUAACCACUUUGAAAUCGAAGACUUUAAUAUUCUUCAUAUGGAGAAAGUAGCUAACCUCAUUUUUAGAAGCUAUUCUGAAGUCAACUUAGUUUGGAACAUACUUUAAUGCAAGAGAGAACAGGCUAAGACUGCUAUUCUUAGAAGACUUUAAAGAUGUCUCAAAGACAAUCUCUCUCACGUAGCUGUCCAAAACAACAGAGUGGUUGCUUGCGUUAUUUCAAUAGACUUAAAAAAUUUAGAAGAUCUCCUUAAAGAUGAAGCUUAACAAAAACUUCCUGAGCCAUUCUAGUAUUUGAGUCAAGUCAAUCGUGGCUUCCACGAUUACAUGGUUUAAUUCAACAAAGAAGAAUCUCAUGUUAAGUCUUCAGUUAUGCUUUUCUGUGCUGUUGAGCCCGAAUUCCAGCAAACACUUCUUUUCUUCAACCUCGUCUAGUGGAAUAUCGAUUAAAUGAUACUAUCAAGAUACAAAAAGUAUUUCGGCAUAGCUGGUAUUUAAUCUCGCUUUAUGAAACUAGCUAAGGAUAAAGUCAGUUAACUUCAAACACAUUCUAUCAAUGAUAAAGAAAAUAAAGAAAUUAACAACUAUGAACUAGGUCUUUUGUCCUAUGACCUACAACCUUUGCUACCAAGACCAUCACUUUGA